AUGGAAGUGACGGAAAGCUCAACGUCGAAGCCGGUCCAGCGCUCCAUCGUUAGACGGUGGUACCACUGGUAUGAUGCCGGUGCCAGCAAAGAAGAGCGAAAGCUCCUCAGGAAACUCGACUUUUUCAUUCUGACGUAUACCUGCCUGACAUUUUUCAUUAAAUAUCUCGAUCAAACCAAUGUCACAAACGCCUACCUGAGUGGCAUGAGAGAAGAACUCGGCCUUGGGCACAAAAAUGAGCUGAAUUGGUUUACCACCUACUUUAGCAUUGGUGUCAUCAUCGGGGCUCCAAUCUCAACAUGCAUGCUCACCGUGGUACAGCCAAGAUACUGGCUGCCAUUUUGCACCAUGGGAUGGUCUUUCUUUGUACUCUUCAUGUACAAAGCACAAAACGCCGAAACCUUAUAUGGUCUGAGAUUCUGCUGUGGUCUCUUUGAAGCGGGUGCUUACCCAGGCUGUCUAUACAUUAUUGGAAGCUGGUACAAAAAGUCUGAAAUCAGUCGACGAACCGGCCUGUUUCUCUUCUCCUCGGUUUUCGGAGCCAUGUGCUCGGGCUACAUUCAAGCCGGACUACACAAAAAUAUGAAUGGUGUAGCGGGCCUCGUCUCGUGGCGCUGGCUUUUCAUCUUUGACUUUAUCUUGGGUAUUCCCGUUGCCAUUUUCGGUUUUCUUGUUUGCCCAGAUGAGCCCAAGGGCAAAAAGAUGUGGUGGAUGACAGAAACCGAAAAGACGCUCGCCAUUGCCAGAAUGAAAAGCGAUGGGCGCGACUCUGUAGGUGCCUGGACGUGGGAUGUUGUUCGCCAGGUUCUACGUUCAUGGCAGCUUUACGCCUUUGUCAUUGGCUGGGGCUGGAUCGAACUCACGUGCGGCAACAACAUGAUGCGUUGGAUGGGCUUGUGGCUCAAGGCCGAACACUAUUCUCCCACAAACGUCCAAGCCCUUCCCACCGUCAUUGGCGUGAUGCAACUCUGUUUCAUCUUCAUCAGUUCCGUCGCUGCUGAUUCGCUAAACAAUCGAGCCUUACCACUCGCCACGCUUUGCGGCUUCCUUCUCUUCAGCUACAUUGUUCUUCUGAAGCAUACCGAGAAUACCAGCCUGCGCAUGGCCGCGUACUUUAUCGGCGGCUCAUACGGCGGCCUCUCCCCGCUCAUGGGUGGCUGGAUCAACUGCAGUUGCGGAGGUAACAAGCAGCUACGCUCAUUCAUCACAGCCAUGAUGAUUUCGGUCGGCUAUGCCAUUGAAGCGCCUGCACAGCAGGUCAUGUUUCCCACCAACCAGGCGCCCGAUUUCCGAAAAGCUCAGGGCUACAUCUUUGGCAUCGGCAUGGUCGUCACGACGGGCGUCUGGUGCGCUGCCAUUAUCCCGCUCAUGUCGCGAUACUGGUUCUUCAAGGAUGAGCAGCCCUGCCUGGACUGCGACUGCGACGAGCCGAUUGUCGAGAGCACAACUUACAAGGCCAACAACAAAGCGGCAGAUGCUUCCGACUAG